AUGGGCCAAGGCGGCAAUGACAGCAACGCCCCCCAGGGGUUCGAGAUGAUAUCGCAGCUAACCUUCCGCAACAGCAGGCUCCGAGUCGAGAACUGCGAGCAAGCCGGGCGCAUCCGCUCGCUAGAGGCCACGAACUCGGAGCAAGCCAAGCGCAUUUCGGACAUGACAGCAGAGACCCGAGGCCGCGCGCACCUCAUCGAGCGGAUCAGAAGCCAGAUGAGGAGGGCGGCUGCGUUCAUCAACGAGCUUUCGACCACGAGCUCCGACCGCGCGCACAGGAUCGAGGAGCUGACCGACAGGACCAACGUGCAAGCGAACCAGCUCACGCUUCUGCAGGAGAUGCUGACGCCGCAGGAAACGGAGCAGGGCGUGCAGGCCGAGCGCCUGAGGGAUAUUCGCAUGGCUGAGCGCAUGAACGAGGUCCACAGCAGCGUCAUCGAGGGCCUGGAAGAGGAGAAGAGUGAGUUGUCCGCGCUGACCGCACAGCAGGCCGAGCAGCUCGAGGCUCUGAGCUCCGAGGUUGAGCUGCUCCGCCGCAAUGCCGAGAAGCAGGAUGCCGAGAUUGCGCUGCUCAGGUCGAUACUUAGCGAUUUUGGGCAGCAAGACGCUGAGAUUGCGCUGCUUAGGUCGGAGAUUGCGGACCGCCGGAGCAGCAACUCGGGAAGCGCUACCCUUGCUCCUUCUGCUGACGAUGCCGAAGGUGCAGAUGGCGAUUCUGCGGGCUUGUGCCAGACGUGCAAGAAGGGUCUGGGCAAGCGCAUGGUGGGGAAGCUGCGGAAGAUGAAGACGGCGAUGAAGGCCAAGGAUGAUGACGAUGCUUAG